ACAGCCGCUCGAUUAGUCAGCCGGUAAGCACUACCUUGAUCGCUAUCGCACUACUCCGCGAACUGUGGGUAUAUCUGUGAAGGACACUCUUCCAGCAUGACUUUGAAGCAGACCUUUCUCCUGGAGCGAGAUGAGCACAUAACGUGACCAUUGCACCCAAGAACCAUCGCAAACGUCAGUCAACAUCGACAUGUCCUAUCACAAGAUCUCGCCGGCUCUUCAGAUCAACUACACGGUCCACAACCCAUCAUCAUCCUUGGGGCAUUCCAAACCCUGGAUCAUCCUCAUCAACGGCCUGGCCGACCCACAGACAACAUGGGUUACACAAAUUUCCACGUUUACAGAAGCAGGCUACACGGUGUUGACCUACGAUAACCGCGGGAUCGGCCUGUCGUCACGACCUAGCAGCCCCAAUGAACUUUGGACCGCCGACGACAUGGCUUCAGACCUCCGCAGCUUGGUGCUCGCGCUCAAAGUGCCAACGCCGUACCACAUCUUGGGUAUAAGCAUGGGCGGCAUGAUCGCCCAGCAAUAUGCCCUGAGAUACGGCCUAUCAUCACCCUCAGAAAUCCUCAGCCUAAAUCCAACCUGCACUUACGCCGCACCGGGCCCAUUCUGCUCCCGUAUGUUCUGUCUAUGGGGCGACAUGGCACGUCGAAUGUCUAUCGCCGACGUGAUGCGCGAUGUCCUCCUCUACUGUUUUACGCCGGCGUGGUUCGCCGACUCGGCGAAACAGGACGAACUGAAGGCAAUCGAGGCCGAGAUGGCGGCCGUGGACAAAGAUAUGGGCCUCGACGCUUAUCUGGCGCAGUUGAACGUCAUCACUGAAUUCGAUACGAGGCAUCAAGUUGGCAAGUUGGCGGAAGUGGGAAUGCACGUCAAUGUCAUUGCUGGCGAAGGUGAUAUCUUGAUACCGAACAUCUUGUCGAGGGAGUUGCAUAGCCUUAUCCCGGGGAGUCGCUGGCGCACCGUCACUGGAGGACACGCGUGUAAUUGGGAGUUUCCGGACGAGUUUAAUCAGGUGUGCUUAGAGGAGUUCAAGAUCGCGGAAGAGAAGUUGGCAUCGUAAAGAUGAGGGCCAACGAGGACCAGCAGGAUACUGUGCGGAAGCUAUGGCAGUACCUGGUAUCUCUGGAAGACUCAUGCUUCUGGCACACGCACAAGCGUAAUCAGCAAGACAUUUCACUGGAACCUAACCAAGGUCCGGAAUUCUGAGUCACAGAGCAUGAACUUUUCUUGGGAUUCGCAACGGAACCACUGCACCUACGACCUUCUGACAUUUUCCACUUCCCAAAACUCACUGAGGACCUCUCCACGGCAUCUUCCGGAGCAACCUCCUAUAAGUACGCUGU